AUGCCGUCUCAGAUCCACGUCCCCGUUUCCUUGGUGACGCUGAUGAGCUGUGGUCGGACGUCGCCUGGAAAACUGAACCUACUGGAGGAGAUCAUCCUGGUCCCUAAAGCUGGACAACGAGUCCGACAAAUCAUCACAAUGACCCUCCAGUUCCAGAAGGAGAUGAUGAGAAUAAUGAACUGUUCGACAAAAGCCGGGGUGGAACCGGCAACACUCAGCGACCGUGGAGCGCCGAUGUUUGGAUACGACCGGGCCGAGCAGCCUCUGGAUCUGAUCAACGAAGCUUGUUCCAACCUCGGACUCCAACUGGGAUCGGAGAUCCAUCUGGUGCUGAACUGUGCCGCCCCUGAGCUGAUGGACUAUUCCAAAGGGAAGUACGAAGUCGCCACCCGAGUGUUUCUGUCACCGGAUGAACUCGUGGACAUGUAUCACACCUUAAUCAAAUACCCGGCGGUAGUGGCUUUAAUUGAUCCACUGCGCAGAGAGGAUGCAGAACAGUGGGAAAAGCUCAACCACCUGAUUGGACGCUCAUGUGCGCUGCUCUCUGAUGUCACCUACAAACCGCAAGGCCCGCCUCCUCCUGGGGUCAAAGGUCACAUCCUCAAACACAUGAAUGAGGUGUCAGUCAGUGACCUGAUCGACAUCACGUCGCAGAAGCCAGGUUCUGUGCUGAUGGGAACAGCGUACAGUCAGCCCUGCACUGAAGACUCUCUGCCAGAUGUGGCUGUGGGUCUGGGACUGGACUACAUCAAACUGGGAGGUCUGAGUGGGUCUGAGCGGAUGUCCCAGUACAACCGACUGAUUACCAUAGAAGAGGAACUGGACCAACUGGGAACUCUGGACCAAGUCCACCAGGAACCACCUGGAAAAGCAAGGAGACCUCCAAGAAGAUCCACCACUGAGACCACUAAGAAGACCACCAAUGAGACCACCAAUGUGACCGCCUAUGAGACCACCAAUGAGACCGCCAAUGAGACCGCCAAUGAGACCGCCAAUGUGACCGCCUAUGAGACCGCCAAUGUGACCGCCUAUGAGACCGCCAAUGUGACCGCCAAUGUGACCGCCUAUGAGACCGCCAAUGAGACCGCCUAUGAGACCGCCAAUACCGCCAAUGUGACUGCCUAUGAGACCGCCAAUGAGACCGCCAAUGAGACCGCCAAUGAGACCGCCAAUGAGACCGCCAAUGUGACCGCCUAUGAGACCGCCAAUGUGACCGCCUAUGAGACCGCCAAUGAGACCGCCAAUGAGACCGCCAAUGUGACCGCCUAUGAGACCGCCAAUGAGACCGCCAAUGAGACCGCCAAUGUGACUGCCUAUGAGACCGCCAAUGAGACCGCCAAUGAGACCACCACUGGGACCACCAAUAAGACCGCCAAUGAGACCACCAAUGAGACCACCAAUGAGACCACCAAUAACCACCAAUGA